AUGUCCUACAACCAAACGCAGAUGAUGGGCCCGCCGCACCCGUACGCCCAGCCGAUGAGGGCCCCACAGCACCCGUACGCCCCGCCGGUUAUGGGCACGAGUGCACCGAUAGGACACCAGCCCCACAUGGAUACCACACAAAUGAUGUAUCCAAUGUCCCUAUAUCAAAUGCCGAUGAUGUAUCCUCAGACAUCAAUGGAUUCCCGGAUGCCACAGCAGAUUGUACAUCAUGUAUGCCCAUCCGAUGAUGUACCCGAUGGGCCACCAGCCAGCCAUGGGCCCGUACGCCCCGAUGCGCCAUGCCACCUGCUUGCGGAGGAGGCGGUGGAGGCGGUGGAUAUGAAGCCGCUCAUCGCGGAUCGGGACCCCACAGUGCCUCCCGUGGCGGAGCCCGAGCUGGCUGUGACCGCAGCCGAUGCGGUGGAGGCGGAGGCCGUGCCCGCAGCCCGGCGUGGAGGCGGAUGCGGAAGGGGUCGAGAAUAUCGACCCGGAGGCCCUAAUGAAAGGGUGGGACGACUUCUUUGGGUCGGCCACCUCUGCACCUCCCCCGGCACCCCGACCUCCUCGAAGACGGGUGGCCCGAAAAAAUGCAGUGAUGGAAAUUUGAUCCAUGAUCGACGAGAUCAAGCGAAUGCCGUUAGAAGAUUGGGGGCUAAAAAGCUUGCACGAAGCACUAAGAGAACACCAAAAAAAUACUGUGGAGCGUAUCGCGCAGAAGGGUCCCACUAUACAUCCGCACACAAAGAGGAGUUGGGAUUCAGGUUCAAGGUCUACCCGAGGCUGAACGAUGCAAUGAAGAAGGGAGGCCCAGGAGCCCGCAUGAUCCGCGAUGCCAUCGAUUACUACGGGAUCAAU